AUGUAUGACCGCGCUCCCCGCGCGCUCGGGCUGGCCGAAGGCGGCAGCACAGAGGCCCAUGUGGGCCCCGGGUCCUACCAGGUUCCGUUCCGGAAGCCGCGGGCCGCAGGUGGUUAUGCACCAUUUCUUUCUUUGACUACCAGAGAAGGUGCUUUUACUGUUGCCUCUCACAUUGAGAAAGCUGGUCCAGGUCCAGGACACUAUAAUGUUUCAGAAGCACAGAAAAUUUCAAGAGCACCUACAGUUACCAGAAGUGUUGAUGUUCCUUCAAUUCCUUCUUGUGCGAAGUCAUAUGGUUAUCAUAUUAAUGAGGAUGACAGUAUUACAAAAUGUUUUCCACCUGCUAGUGAUAGUACACUAGGUCCAGCAUAUUACAAACCUCAGUUUGAUGUUUCCAGUGCAACUUUGAAAUACAAAGGUAUACAUUUUGGCAACUCUUCAGGAAGACGAGAGUUACCUAAAAAGUCAGGUCCUGGUCCCGGACAGUAUGAUAUCAUCCAGAAAAAGACAUUACAUUAUGAAAAUAUUAACAUCAAGAAAGAUCAACAGAAAAAUUGUUGCUUAUUUCUCCCACGAUUAUAUGAAGUAAUAGUAUUGCAGGAGAAAAAAAGGAGAUUCUUACCUAUAAAAUCAAUCACCCCAGCUCCGGGCACAUAUAAUGAAUCUCGAACUGCUUUCAUGUCCUUGAAUAAAACAUCAGGACUGAAAAAUAUCCCAUUUGGUCAAAGUGCUGCUCGAUUCACAAAGGACUUCAAGACAGAGGAAAUGCCAGGUCCUGCAUUUUAUAAUGUCCUGAAUAAUACUAUAAUUGCCAAUGUUAGAAAUGUCUGCUUGAAGAAACAAAAGAAAAGUGCUUUUGGGUCUUCCCUUCCUCGUACUUUAUUCCUGGUUCAGAAAGAAGCAUGGACUACUCCUGGGCCUGCUGAUUAUCAGAAUUCACAGGUCGGUGGAAUUUCUAAUGAAUUACCUAACUUGACUAACAAAUAUGCUGUUUUCCUGUCACGAGCAGAAAGAACUACUAAAGUGCCAGAUAUGGUUAUUCCAGCACCAGGCAGCUAUGAUGUUCAAAAGUCAUAUGACAUGUCCCAAGUUAAACAUAAAUACAUGCCACCUCGGAGUUUAGUGGCCAAAAGAAAACAUUCCUCCUUUCUUAGUGCAGCUCCUCGAUACGUGGGAAAAAUGCCUGAUUGUCCAGGGCCCGCAUCAUACAAUCCUGUUUUAAGGAAAUCUUGCCCCAUACCCAUAUUUGUUAAAGCAUCAAAGCGCUUUGAAGAUUCCAAAGAGAUUACUCCUGGCCCAGCAACAUAUGAGGUUUGUCAGUAUUUCUCUCUUAUCAAUGACACAAUAAUAGAAUGA